GUGCACUCACACUCAAGAAAUUGGCUAGGAUUUAAGUAGGUAUAAUUUAGCCACUUUUUUUGAGUGUGGGCGCACUUUUUUCUUUCAUAGACCCCACUACUACUGGUGGAGCUCGCCCAACUCCAGUCCCCAAGUCGGUGUCCGCGCCUUGUCCUGCGACAUCCUCCAGCACACUAGAAGCAUUACGUGAAGACAACAGCCAGCAGGAGAACUUGUAUCUCACAUUAAGGGUAGGUUAAAGGUGCUUUUGUUACCGUUUGUUAUGGCUCUCUCCCUUAAUAGGUGGGGACAGCCAUAACAAGCGGGAUAAACGAAUAGCAAAAAAAACCUACCUCUAAUCACCACAGAGCUUUUCGAACACGCAAAUGCGACUGCAGUAGUGCAGUCGAGAUGCGGACGGUGGCUGUUUACGGGUAGUCGAGACGGAUCGAUAAGAAUGUUCGAUGUGCCUCUGAAAAAACAUGUUCGGACCUUGAAGUCCCAUAAAACGUGCAUCUCAGCACUUCUCUUAGCGGAAGAAGAAGAAGACGAACAAGAAGGGCCGUUUCUUUACUCCAGUAGCUACGAUUACUCGGUAAUGCGUUGGAAUUUAGCAAUUUGCUGUACGGAAAACCCUCAGGGUGGAGCAGGCCCUCUAGUAGAAAAAAUUGACGAGACUACGCGGGCAAGAGUGGAC